CCCACUCUCACCGGCGAACUUUUCGUAAAAAUAUAAAAACAUACGAAUAGUGUAAAUAGUGUACAGUUAUACUAUUUAAUUGAGCUAUGGCAUUGUUCCAAAAGCUUUAGAAUCGUUCGAAGUUUUUUUUUUCUUGGAAUGUACAUUUGCUUUAUAGGUAAUAAUAAUUAUGCUGUCUUGGCGUGCCAAAAUCGCAAGCAUUGUUUUUGCGGUGUGCGCUUUAACUUUAGCGCUCGACUGGGUGAAUGAACAUUUAAAUCCCAGGGUUGUAAGUUUAACUGAGAAAGAGAGAUGUCCACUUUGCUUCGGAACGUCGGCUUGUCCAGCAAUCGAGAAUAACGAAGUAGUGCUUGAAUAUCCAGAUUUUCAUUCGAUUUUCAAUAAUCUGUUUGGGGUUAAAAAUGUUUACUACGGUAAUUUUAGAAAUCGAAAGGUUGUAAUAAAAAAAUUAGCUCAUCAAUCGGAGUGGAUAGACUUCAAUAAGCAAGUAUGCGCGGAUCCUACGUUAUCUCAAUUUUGUUCGACAAAUUCAAAAGAAUCGUCGAAAGUUCCGAUUGACUUCAACAAAAUGGUCAUGAAGGAGUUGUCGAAUCCCGAUAUGACAGAUUUGCGUCAAAAAAUGAGACUUUGUCCAACAGUAUCGAACGUCAACAAAUUGUUGCGAAAUGUUAAAACGAGCCAUUUGAGGUCGAAGGAAACUCAAAUGCAUGAGCAUUUUGCACACGUGUGGUCUGCAUUAAUGAUAAAUCCAGAAUUUUUAAUGGUGCAGAUUUUAAAUGCCGAUAAUCACUGGCCAACUCCGAAAUUUUAUGGGGCGUGUGGAAGACUAAUCAUCGAAGAAAAUGCAGGAGAUCCGUUGUUAAAUUUUAUCAAAGAAUCUUGGAUCAAAAGGGCAAAGAUAGCAUCUAGUCUUCUUGAUGCUGCUUAUAAAUUUACCUUUAAAGAUCCCAAUUUCGCUUUUUACUUAACUGAUAUUGCAACGGACAAUAUUGCGAUAAAUGAAAAAUUAGAAGCAAUUUUCGUAGAUUUAGAAAAUAUCAUAAUCGUUGAUAAGACACCGCCAACCGAUGUGCUAAAUCGAUUGAGCGAUUGGAAUACAACAUACGCAAACCUAAUUGGUAUAGAUUCAGACUGCCCAGAUUGUUUCGUAUUUUCUCCAGACGAUAUUUGCACUCACAGAAUUAGUGAUCACAACUAUUAUGCCGUAUGCCAACACAUUCUCUCGCAAGGAUUAAAUGCUGAAAUUAAUUCACAAGGGUUUUUAUACGAUCCUCCAGAUUAUAUUUUGAAAAAGUAUCCAUCGAUACAAUCGUUAUUGCAACAAUGUUCUGUACCAAGUGCAACGAUGUCGAGAGUGAAUGGCGGUAUUAAACUCAAGCAAAUUUUAGAUCAAAUUAUAAAAGAUACAAGCAACAUUUUUUAAAUUUAAAACUACAACCUCAAUUCUGUAAAUUUUGUAAAUGUAAAAAGUUUUGCUCAUGUAUAGUAUUUCCAUAGAAAAAUCGUGUGUUAAAUCACUCCGAUAUUUGUGGCCUGUUCAUUAUCCAUGGUUUCAUCCAAAAAUUACUCAUUUUAAACUCUCAUCACUUUUUUAAUUUUGUAUUAAAAUAUUAAUUAGUAGUACCCGAGAUAUUGUGGAAAAAUUAAGAAACCGUUAAUGAAUCUCUAUCGCUUCAAAGGGCUUAAUAGUUUCAGAAAGCAUUGAAUAAAUUUAUAGUUUUCGAAAAA